CUCGUUAACUGUUUGUUUCUUCCUCCUCCUCUCUCUGCUCUCUCUGCUGCCCAGCUCUUCUGUCCAGUGCUGACACAGCGCUGUGGAGCACUUGCGGUUAGCCUACCGACAGAGCGAGACACUACAGAUAAGGCUUGUGUAGCACACACCCACACCCCUGUAAACUCUGCCUGAAACUGCCUCAGAGGGGAACGCUCUGUCUCAUUCACACUUGGUUAUAACCUAACAAGCGUGAACAUAGCCCACUGAUGGCCACUAAAUCCUGGCUUACUCUUAUGCUGCUCUUAAUGUCCUGGAGGGAGAGCAUGCAUUGCAAUGGACUUACAGUGGAUCCUCCUGAGGACCUUGUGAUAUUAGACCCUGGGCAUCUUGGACAUCUCGAGAUUACAUGGAGCCCCCCUACCAGCUUGAUUAAUAUGACAGAGUGCCCAAAACUGUAUCAGCUGGAGUACUUCAACACAUAUAUGGACAGCUGGACUGCUAUCAGGACAGAUAGGAGGACACACAGUGCCCAGUUUGAUCUGAUGAAAGAUGUUAGAGUGAGAGUGUACACCUUGCUGAGUGGACCCUGCACCAACGGCACUAUGAUUAAAAGCACAAGCUACAUUGAAGUGGUCCAAAAACCUCCCAGCACAGGUGUUGUGGGUACUGCCGUUCAGGAUUUUGUCUGUGUGUACCAUAACAUGAAGUACCUGGAGUGCAAUUGGGGAAGAAGCCCAAAGAUGCUGGCCAACUCACAGCAAAAUCUAUAUUUCUGGCACAAUGGGCUGAAACAGGCAGAGGAAUGCCCGAAAUACCUGAUUUUGAACGGAGCCAGGAGUGGCUGCAACUUCACAGAGAAAUCUCUCCCUAAGUUCACUGAUAUCAACUUUUGUGUUAAUGGUUCCUCUCCUGAAGGCCCCCUGAAACCAACAUUCAUCUCCCUGCAAAUCCAAAACCACGUGAAGCCUGAAACCACAGAGAAGCUGCAUUUGCAAACAGGUCCAGACAUGCAGCUGGAACUACACUGGGAAGGUCCUGUUGGGAGUCUUCCUGGAGACUGCCUAGAAUGGGAGGUGGAGCACAAUCAAGAGGGACCUGAUGGGAAAAUUGCUUCGCAGCUGAUUUCAACCAAACAGAUGAGCCUAACUCUGCCCUCCAUCCACGACAAUAAGAGAAGCUGCGUCAGGGUUCGGUCCAGGUUGAAUAAGUAUUGUGCAGAUAAGAGCUUUUGGAGUGAAUGGAGUCGUCCGACAUGCCAGCCAGAAAUGGCACUGAAACCAGAAUGGGACAUGGUACCUGUCUAUGUAUAUAUCGCUGUUGCCAUCAUCGCCAUACUGGUGCUGUCGCUGUGUGCGGGGGCAGUGCUCAAAGUGAGGAGAUCGAGACAACUGAAGAAGCCAGAUAUGCUCGCCACAUUGUUUUCCAGAAAUUCAGUACUUACAUUUGCGGAGGCCUAAAAAGGCAAGAAAAUCUGCACCUUCAUCGCUCUCAAAUAGCACCUGUCUAAUUUUUCAGGGUCUCUGUUUGAAAAUCACACAAGUCAUCACCUUAGAUUGCAACCACUGCCAACACAUUGCUUAAGACAUGGCAUAUUACGCUCAAGGUUACGGCGGGUUAUUUACCAAAACAUGUAACAUUUACAAACAGUAUUAUAUUACUGUAAUCCAACAUACUGCAUUGCACUUGCUUCUUUUGAUUUACAUUGUUAUGAAAAUGCUUGAGUGUCAUGUUAACUGAAAAUGUUUUGACAUACGUAUUGCUCUUAAUGAUGGUUUUAUGGUUGGUUUUAUACUUUUUUUUGUAAAAUUGUUUACUUUUUGCCACAACUCUUGCCAAUUAGUCCAGACAACAAAUAUUUUAUUUUUGUCUAAAUCCAGUAUACAAGGAUAAUACAUCUGAAAUGAUUUUGUACUAUGUCUUUAUUGCACACUUCAAGCCAAUGAAGUUUUUAAUCAUGUACAGAAUGUAAAAUGCAGUGUUCUUUCUUUAAAUGUGUUAAUAGGAAAGAAAUGAAAAGUACUUUUAUGUAAUGCCAAGACUGCUUGCAAGAGUUGUAGAGAGUAAAUUAUAACUCAAGAUGUGGCCGGGUUGGCAAUGUUUCCGUAGCUGUAAAACGUUUGUUCAAAAUAUGCCAAAAUGCCUUAAUUACACUAAAUAUUACCAAAUGUACUCUCCCCUCCUUUUGGCUUUUUAUUGUAUUAAAUGGAAGAGUUGGUCAGAUGUUGACAUUACUUUUUUAAGAGCUAAAUGCAUCAUAAAAAGUAUCUGUAAUGUUACAAGACAUCUAGAUACCUAACCCUACAUGUCUGUUCCUAAUAACUAAAAAAUAACAGAUAUUAUAUAACAAAUAUUUUAUAAACAGCACAAACAGGUGCUGAAAUGCAGAACAUGAAUGCAUCACAUGCAGCUUUCAUGUUCUCAUAUCCACUGGGACUGAUUCAAGCUCUUACUAUAGUUCAUGUGUUUAUGGGGUCAAUUAUUUCAGCUAUGGUUCAACUACUGUUACUUAAAGUUAUUUCUCAGUGAGAGUUUUCCACCUUGACCUCCUUUAAUACUUUUCUACUGCCUUUUAUGGAAAGAUAAUGCAAGAUUGUAUUUCACAGAGUAUAAUGUUUAAUCAGAUUUGUUUAUGUAUUGUGUACUACUUCACCUCAGAAUUGAAUAGGUGAUAUUUGACAUGUGUUCAUGGGUUGUAGAAAGAAAUUACUGUCCACUGGCUACAAUAACAAACUGUUUAUUUUUCAAAUACUUCUGUAAAGAAGGACAGCUUGUUGUUUUUUGUAAUAGGGCACAAUGUGGGAUUCACUUUGAUAAGAUGUUUAACAAGCCACUGGUGAUCUGCCAUGUUCUUUGUUUCAUUUAAUGGCCUAUUCAAAAUAAAGUGUACUGUUGAAGGCACUAUGAGCUGUAUUGUAAAUCAUUUGAAGACAGUUUAUUAACGAAUAUUACGUGGAUACAAUGAUUACAUGAGAGUGUAUACCUCAGCUAACAAUGUGUUAUUCAGGCGUUGAUGAUGUCAACUGAACCUGGUGAAAUCCUCGCCUCAUUGAGACCGACCUCUCCUCAGAACACCAAAAGACAAAACAUUCAGCUGAAGACUUAUCAAAGUCAACGUUCAUCACUAACAUUCAAAACGUAGCAUGGUCCAUUGGAUUGAAUGCCUACUUAUGGAACACAUUACAUUUCUGAGAAGACAGAAGUAAACAUUUCAGUGUAAUGUACUUCGUAAAAAUAAAGUAUUUAACAUCUGCAUAACCUUGUCUGUUAUAACUGAAACAGCUGGAAAUAAUUUAUAAUCUAUUUGUUUUAUCCUUAGUGUAUGCAUAUUUGUAUAAACAGGAACAAUGAAAACAAUCAUUGCUGCAUUUUGCAGAUAAUGUUUCUAUCUUGUUGCAUUUUUCCAGAACCAGAAUAUUAUUAUCUUAAGUUUAAAACCAGUUAUGGAACAACACUCUGAAAUGUGUUGAUUUUUAUUGAUUUUCAUAUGUAUCCUUC